AUGGAAAGCCAAGAAGAUGAUAACAUAUCAAUUGUAUACAUAGUUCAACUUAUUUAUGGGUUAGAGGAAAAAGUAACAAAGAAGCAAGAAGAAGAGAUAAAGAGAAGUAAAGAUAAAGAGAUGAAGUAUUCGUGGAAGAGAAAAGUUAAAUUUAGAAUGCAUAAUAUUAAUGGAAUAAAAGGAGAUAUGUUAAAGUUAGAAUGGUUAACAGAUUAUUAUAAUAAAGAAUAA